CCCAAGAUGGCUCCUGUGAAUGUCUCGGUCCCAUAGCAAAUUGAGGAUGCAAGUAGCUGCCGUAGAAACAACUUUCCCCCCGCCGUCACAGCCCCUGGAGUUCAUUGCGUAUGGUGCGGAGGAGGCCCUAACGUCCGUAUAGGCACCGAGCAGCCGUCGGGGCUUCGCGAAACCGUCCUACACCCUCCAAUUUGGAGUAGUUUCGCGAAGUAGCUCUUCUCCUCGCUGUCGCUGUCUGUCCGGAGCGAGGCUCAGGCAGACAGCUCAUCCAAAUGGCCGAACCGAGAAAAGUGCAAUUUGUCACCCUCUCGGCCUUCGCAGCUGGAGCGGCCGCGGAGUCUAGGAAACGACGGUUGGAGGGUGAGGCCGACUUCAACUUCGGUGAAGCCAGGGAGGUCGAGGCAGCGACCGGGGCAGGGGGUGCUGCGAGCAACGGGCGUCUCGGCAAAACCGACGACGGGGACACGGCUGGAGCCGAGAAGAGGGUGACGGUGCGGCUCAACCUGUCCCUACCCGAGCCUGACGACCGCUCCUCCGCCGAGUUUAAUUACGGAGAACUCAUCCAAAACCUCCAGGCGAAAAAGACUACUCAAAGUCUGGCUUCUGCUAACAAUCCCAACGACCCUUUCAACGAUGAUGAGAGAGUGCGGCUGCAGGUCGAGGCCCUGGCAAAAAAGUUUGAAAAUAAAUAUGGUAAUGAGGAAAAGAAGAAGAAGAAGGACAGAAUGCAAGAUUUGAUUGAUAUAGGCUUUGGCUACGACGAGACAGACCCCUUUAUUGACAACUCAGAAGCUUAUGAUGAGCUGGUUCCUGCCUCUUUGUCCACCAAGCUGGGGGGAUUUUACAUCAACACUGGCACGCUGCAGUUCAGAGCUGCCUCCGACUCUGAGGGAGAGGAGGGCAAGAAGCCCAACGACAACAACGAGAACUUAAUCAAGAAGAGGAAAAAGAAGGAAGUGGACAAUUUAGAAGAGAAGAACCAGAAGAAGAACAGACUGCCUAAACCAGGAGUGACAGACCUCACGCUCCAGCGGCCUGAGAAGAAGAAGAGGAAGAAGCUGAUGAAGGACUCGCUGUACCUGGCGGCCAUGCUCCGCCGCUUCACGCGGGAGAAGGAGGACCUGAAGAAAAUAAACCCCAACAUGGCGCACCCUGGCCUGGCAGGUGGUGUGGCUAACAAGCCUCACUCCAUCAACUCAACCACCCACCUGGUCGCCUCAAACUCCACCCACAACGCAGCCGGCAACGACUUCUCACUGGCAGACCUCACCUCGGACCCCGCUGUGAUGUCACUGCUGGGCUCGGCCAAUGAGAAGGAGCUGCAAGAUCUCCUAGGCGACCUGGACUUCAGCUUGUUAGAUUCUGACAAGCAGCACGCCAUGGCUGCAGCCCGGGAGAAUGGUGUUUUGGGAGUCGGUGUUCCUGGUCCUAAACCAGCAGCAGGAGGAGGAGGAGGAGGAGGAGGAGGAGGAGGAGGCCAGGGGCGAGGCCUGGGUUCUUCCAGUGGACUGUUUUCUCCGCCUCCGCUGCCGGAUGGACUGCCUGCUCCUCUUAUUAAACGCAUCGAGGACCUGCGGGCGGCCUCGCGGCAGUUUGAUCAAGAGGGCAGGAAGAAAUUUUUCACCUUGGACAUGAAUAACAUUCUCCUGGAUAUUGAGCUACAGGUCCAGGAGCAGCCUCCUGAGGUGCGCCUCGGCAUCUACUCGCACAUGGAGGCAUUUGUGCCGUGCAACAAAGAAGCCCUCCUCAAACGCCUGAAGAAGCUCAGCCUCAACAUUCAGGAUGACCGCCUACGGACGCCGCUGUUGAAGCUGAAGCUGGCGGUGUGUAGCGUGAUGCCAGAACAGAUAGCAAGAUACAACAUGGACUGCAUGGCCAAGGUUGCAAAGCAGCAGUCAGGAGAGGGGGAAAAGAACGGCUCAGAGGAGGAAGAUGAGGAAAAGCCUGGUAAAAGGGUGAUGGGCCCACGGAAGAAGUUUGUCUGGGAUGACAAGCUCAGGAACCUGCUGUGCAGCCUGGUGCGCGUGAAGCUGAGCUGCUACGAGAUGGAGAACCAGUGCGCUCUGUCUGUGGAGGACUACCUCAAGGCCUUCUUAGAGAAUGAGGUCAAACCACUAUGGCCCAAGGGCUGGAUGCAGGCCAGGAUUCUGCUAAAGGAGAGUCUUGCUGUUCAUAGUCACCUCACUGGAAACCUAGUCAAGAGGAGAAUGGUGCCCGGGCCCAGGGCCAAAGCCAAGGAGGGUCUCUGGAUCCACAAACCCCCGGUCACCAUGACCUCCACCUCGUCUCUGCACACCUCCGCUCUGACCUCCAACCGUAAACCCGUCUCCUGCUCCCCCCCGGAGCCCAUCUGUCUGUCGGACUCGCUGGAUGAGGAUCUGACCGCUCCAUCGCUGGACUCCAUCUCCCACGCUCUGGCCCUCCUCAACAACGCCUCUAAGGGCCUGGGCUUCUCAGACAGUCCCCUGUCGCCCCCGCCCCUCCAGAUGCCCACCUCCUCUCCUCCCCCCGUCACCCCUCACUACCCCUCGGCCUCUCAGCUCUCUGCCUCGAUUGCCUCCACCACGCAGCUACAUUACCUGUCGAAGGGGGAUCCCUCUCCGCUGGCAGCUGCUGGGACAACAACAACAACAAUAACAACACUAGCAACCGCCUCUUCUACCUCCUCCUCCUCCUCCUCCUCGUCUCCCGUUGCUUCCUCCCUGGCUCGUGUGCAGGCAGCCGGGCUGUCGCUGGCCUCCAGGACAGCAGACAGUCCCUACGGGCUGAUCAAAGGGUCUGCCUCCCUGGGCCAGACGCAGACCCAGAGACUCCUCCCCAUGGCAGCGCCCAAUCACAGGACAGGCUUGGUGAUGGGCGGGAGCGGCAAGAUGCAUCCUCACCCGUCCCCAUCGCCCCCGAAGCAGCGGCCUCCUCCCACGGCUUCUCCUCUGCUGCCCCCCCAUCAGAAGGGCUUUGUCGGCCCGGGGGGGAUGCUGGGAGCUAUGGGAGGGCUGGCUAAGAGCAAAACCAGCGGCGUCAGCAGCAACGGCAGCGCCACGCCCUCUUCCUCCCCCUCCUCGAUGUCUCGAUCAAACUCCACCUCGCACCUCGGCCUGCAGUCCUUCUGCCCUCCCUCUCCCGUGGUUUCCUCCCCCUCUGCCUCCCCCCACUCCUCACACUCCUCUCAAAGUAAGCCCCACACACACCCCCACCACCAGGCUAACUUCAUCACGCCCAUGCAGGCCACGCUCACCAAGUCGUCCCACAGCAGCAACUCCUCCCCGAUCAUCAAGCUCACCCCUCGGCCUCCUGCACCCACCCCACCUCCCUCCUCCUCUCCCUCCCCGACAUCCUCGCCCUCACACCCGCUCUCCCAUCAGAUGAUCUCCAGCCAACAGCAACAACACCAGUACUCCCCCAAGUCCCCCAAAACGUUCCGGCCCCCCUUCAGUGUAUCGGGUGGUGGGGGGGUGCAGGUGAAGCAGCCGCAGAGUACCUUCAGCUUCGCCAGAGGUCAGAAAGCUCCGCCCACCACGAGCAACAGUAGCAUCAUCAACAACUCCGUCAUCAACAAGGGGGUGAUAUCGGUUUGCAGCCGCGCAGAUAAGACCCCGCUGUCCUCUGCUCCCUCAGUCUCAGCCAAUCACGCGCAGAGGCAGAGGGUCGUGGGCGGGGCUAACCAGAGCCCGAAGGUAGUAAACAGCUGGGCCACUUUGGCCACGUCCUCCACAACCUCACACCUCCCACAGGUAUCCACAGCAGGCUCCUCCCUCCUGGGCAGCCCUUCCCCUCUGUCUCUGGGCUUCGGGAUGUUGGGAGGCCUGUUGCCCGUCUCGCUGCCCUUCCAGUUCCCCCCGCUGCUCAACUUCAGCCCUGGAGGCCCGGGGGCCGCCGGCAUAGGCUCAGUCCCCAGCUCCAACUCAGGAUACACACUAGCACAGAGCGACCUAAUGGAUCUGUAUAAGAGUCUCCAGUCAGGGUCGCAGGCUGCCCUACCUCCUCACUUGCAACUUGCUUUCUCAGAUGCGAACCAAAGCCAGGGCGGAGACAUGAAGAGGAAAUCCCACUGACCAAUAACAGCCUCCUGGACACAUCCACCAAUAGGAGUCUUUGAUUGACUGACGCAGUGAUGUUGAGCGAGGGGGCGGGGCUACACCGCCUCUUUUCACGGACCUAAAGGAGAAUGCUCGCUACGAGUGGCAAUGACACAUUAAUUUAACAGUUUUCUAACGAACCGGGUAUGAGAACAAGACAGAGUGAAUGACGAGAAACACUUUUAUUUUUGUUCUGCUUAUUUUUAUUUUGUUGUCAACAUGUUUACAUAUGACCGACCUUGAUCACUGUGGAAUGCGUGUGAGCGAGGUGGUGGUACAGAUGAGUAGUCGUACGCUACGUAAUAUAAUUUGUAUUUAAGCUUAUGUGGAAACACGGGACUGUUCUUGCAGUACAAAAAGAAAAAAAAACAGACUGAAUAAUGGUUUUUUAUUUUUCCGUCUCUUCGUCUCCGAUGUGGGAACCAUGGUGUCUAUAGAAAUGUUAUUGUUGGUCACCGCUGCUCCCACAAAUGACUGUUAAGUAGUAGCUUAAAUUAAUAUUAAUAAAUUAUUUGUAAUUUACACAGGGACAAAACAUGUUAAAGUGUGUGUGUGAGAGGUUGAUUUGAAUGUGUGUGUGUGUGUGUGUGUACAGAAGAAACACUAUACUGUUAAUCCUCUCCAGAUGAUUCUGUGUGAAUGGGUGAAGACGUGUAUCCCCUCUUGACAAUAAUGAGCGAGUGUAUGUCGGACGCCCCUCUCUCGCUCAGUGUGUUUUUGGUGCUGUUUAAUCACACUGGACCUUUUUCUGGAAAAAAGACUUGAAUGGAAAGAGUUUUGGAGCCGCCUGAGAGAGAGGGGAUCCCGAUUGUAGCCUACUUGAAUUGUUUUAGUUUUUGUGAGUUAAGAUGUUUUUAUUAACUUGUUCUGCUUAUUGACUCAAAUCAACUUAAUAUAACACAACGCCUUAGUUUGUAUUGAUAAGACGAAGAUCUAUGCAGGACUGUAAAACGCUCAAUGCAAAAGUGCAAGUCGUCGCUUGGCUUUCAACCUCUACUCAACUUGUCGUUUCUGGAGCUGUGAAUGUUUGUAGAUGUUUCUGUUUCACUAAAGACUCCUUUUAUCCGCUGCGUAUUCAGACAGCAUGGGAAGACCAUUUUAGAAGCAGUUUGAGUUCAAAGUCAAUAUCAGCGAUUCCUUUACGUAUGACUGUUAUAUGAAAGUAAACAAAUGAAACCUUCACCUUGAUCAUCAAACUAUUUAUUAUUCAAAUGGUGACAGGUCUUCAGGAAUAUGUUUUAAAUGGCCAAGUUUGAUAUUUAAGAUCGUCUUGGGAGAAGGAGCAGAAAAUGCUGCAAUUUCUGCUUGCGGUUGAAUCAAAACUACAUCUAAAAUAACACUUAAUAAUUGAUUUAGCUUACUUUAAAGAAGCUAUACACCAUUUUUCAAAUUUCCAUUUACAACUGUGCUUAACAUGAAAAGCUAAUUCAGCUUUUUUAUCUCUUGCAGCCACAACUUGGAACAAUGUGUGAACACUCCCAACUCGGUAUUACGGGUGUUUUAUCGAAUGUAGCACCUUUUUAAAAUAAACCUACUAGGAAAAAGAGACGAGGAAUAACAAAUAGUUGUUGAUGAGUUUGAAGGUCGAGCCAAGCACCACACCGCCACAUUUGGAAUAAACUCAAAUGCUGAAGCUGAAAUUCCUUUCUGUCUGUCUGAACACAGCUGCAGAGAUUCCUUCCCUCUGCUGAAUACUUCCGUUAACAAAACUGUUCUUCCUGAGUCUUUCACUGUUCUCGACUAGUUCCUCAAUGUGGGUCUGACUGACCGGCUGCACCGGGAAUGGCGCCAAAGAUUGUUCUGUAGCUCACUGUUUAGAUGGGGUGCUGCUGGUCAGUGUGUGUGUGUGUGUGUGUUUGAUUUUUCUGACAUUAUCCCCCAAAAUGUAAACCCAUAAGUGUCAACGUGUGGUCCUUCAUGUCAUUGUGAAGUCAUGUGACCGGAGCAGUGGGUGACAUCUUAUAAAUUGUGCUUUCUUUGGGGGUCCGGGAGGAUAAAAUGACAUUUUGUGGUUAACUGGUUAAUUAAUUUGGUCUUUUGUAGAUUAUUUUGUGUGUCAAUUAUAGAAUUAAAAAAAAACAGGUGGUUUUCACGACGACUUUCCUCCUUUCUUUCAGCCUUUCCCUCUCCCAGCUAAGAAACGUGUGAGUGUUAGUCAUUGAUUUGACACAUAACUUUUUUCAUAUAUAUUUUUGACAUACUGACUACUUUUAUCUAGUAUAACUUUUUUUAUGACAUACUAUACUCAAAGGAUUUGUUUAUAAUUUACAACAAACUAAACUAAGACUUUUGAAUCAUCAUAUUUUCGACUGACAGUCUAUGCUAUGAUUUGUAAAAGUAUUUUUUGAUAAACUAUACUAUUAGCAUCUUAUAUUUCAACUGUUUAUAUAUUUUAAUAAAAUAUUGGACAUA